UUUUUUUUUUUUUAAUAUAAAACAAAAGACAAUCUUUGCAUCUACACACACAUGUGAAUAUUUAUAUCUAUAAAAGCAAUUUAAUUCCAGCAUUUACGUCACGAAAAAAAAAAUACAAAUAUUUUUAUCUGGGUUUUAACAUAUUGUGGGGUGAAGUUUGGAGGGGUAAAAACAAAAAAAAAAAGAAGUAAAACAUCAUUGUUUAUCUCCUCUUUUUUUUUUCAUUAAUUAAACCUCUCCUCUCCCCACCACCACCCCUUCUCUGUUUCUUAUAAUAAUGAAUUCUAUGCGUUCUCUUGUUCGACAGGCAAUUAAACCACUUACUCGGAAUAGCUUUGCUAAACGUACAAUUUAUUCUACACCUGCUUCUUUUUCAGAUGCAAUUUUUGUGCAUCGUGACACACCUGAAAAUAAUCCCAGCAUUCCUUUUGAAUUCAAUGAGGAUAAUAAAAAGCGAAUUAAUGAAAUUUUAAAAAAAUAUCCUGAACAAUAUAAGAAAGCAGCUAUUAUGCCUUUAUUAGAUCUCGGACAGAGACAACACGGUUUUACUUCUAUUUCAGUUAUGAAUGAAGUUGCACGUCUAUUAGAAGUUCCACCUAUGCGUGUUUAUGAAGUAGCUACGUUUUAUACAAUGUAUAACCGUCAACCAGUAGGUAAAUAUUUCCUUCAAUUAUGUACAACAACGCCUUGUCAGUUAGGUGGAUGUGGAUCUACAAAGAUUUUGAAGACAAUUAAAGAAAACCUUGGCAUUGAAGUAGGCGAAACAACAAAGGAUGGUAAAUUUACUUUGGUUGAAGUUGAGUGUGCUGGUGCUUGUGUUAAUGCUCCUGUCAUGGCUAUUAAUGAUGAUUAUUAUGAGGAUUUGACGCCUGAAACAACUGUAAAGCUUUUAGAAAACUUAAAAGCUGAUAAACCAAUUACUCCCGGUCCUCAAAAUGGACGUCAUACAUGUGAGUACGCUCCAGGUGUUUAUACUACACUAAAUGAAGAGCCUUAUGGUCCUGGAUUCAGAGUUCGUGAUGACUUGUAAUAAGACAAUGAUAAAUAAAUAAAUGAAUAAAAAAAAUAAAUAAAAAUAUAGAUAUGAUUUAGGCAAAAUAAAUAAAUAAAAAAAAAAUUAAAAAAC